AUGGAAGGAUCCUCAGGCCCUCCCCGAUCAAAUGAAAGACGAGCUGAACCACCAACCCUAAGCAGAGAGUUGAUUCCUGAGCAAGUUAUGGUGGAAGCUAGGGAAGAAUUGAGAGGAGCAAUGAAACAAUAUACCUCAUGUCCUGACCCAACCGAAAGCGCAGCCAGGAUGGAGAGGCUUAGACAAGCAGAGGAAGAAGGAGAUGUUGAAAAAUCAACCGAGCAGAUUGCUAGACAGUUGAUGAGAGACCAAAGAGUGAUCACGGAUCCAGUUCUCCCUGAGCCAACCAAGUCAAGAGUUCCGAUUUCACAGAGACUGGGAGGGAUACCUCAUGCUGAAGAACAAGACGAAGGUACAAGGGAAAAAGAAAGAGUACCAGCUAAGAAAAGACUGGGAAGGCCACCUGCUAAUAAACAUUUGGGCGUGAAUAUCUCUGUUGCUGGCUCCUCUGGGGUAGCAAAGAAAAGAAGGGUCGCCCAGGAGAAGUCAGGGAAUGGAGGCAGGGAGCAGUAA